UGUGCUGUACCCCUCUACCAGCUGGGUGGCCCCCAGCUCCGUGUAUUCAGAACCAACUUCAUCCAGGUGGUGUGGCCUGGUACUGCCCAGUCUGAAGAAACUGUGCAAUUCCGGAUUCCCAUGGAGAUGACCAGGGUGGACCUCCGGAAUUACCUGGAGCAAAUUUACAACAUUCCUGUGGCUGCAGUGCGCACAUGGGUGCAGCAUGGCUCCAACAGGAGGAGAAACUACAAGAAUGUAAGGAUCAAGACGCCAGACUACAAAAUGGCCUACGUGCAGCUGGCCCAUGGGCAGACCUUCACCUUCCCAGAUCUUUUUCCCCAAGAAAGAGCCCAGUCCCCGGGUGCCCUGGUAUCCCUUCUUGGUUUGGCCUAUGACCUGUGA